CAAAUAAUUAUCCAUCCUGUGUUCGUUCUCCUACCACUCCUCUUGCCUGUAAGCACAUAAAGCUAGCCUCCCUCCUCCUAACUCUCCCUCCUCCAAGCCCUCAAACCCAGAGACAGAGAGUGAGUGUGUGUGAGAGAGAGAGAUACAGAGAGGGAGGGAGAGGAAAUUAAUUAAAGAUGGAGAGCAUGGAGAGAGUAUGGGAUUCGGGGCGGCGGGCGAGCCGGAACCUGAGCAGGAGCAUCGGCAGGAACAUGAACAUGGGAAACUGGGGGAUGGAGGACGUGUUCGCGAGGUCGAGCACGAGCAGAAGAUCGAGAGGGGGCAGCAGGAGGGGGAUAGACGAUGACGAGGAGGCUCUGCGGUGGGCCGCGCUCGAGAAGCUCCCCACCUACAACCGCUUGCGCACCGGGAUCCUCAAGACGGUGGUCGAGGGUGGCGAGCAUGGUGGUGGCCGGAGCUACGAGCACAAGGAGGUGGACGUCAGGAAGCUGGGGCUCAACGAGCGCCAGGAGUUCAUCGAACGCAUCUUCAAGGUAGCUGAGGAAGACAACGAGCGAUUCCUCAAGAAGCUCCGCAACCGGAUUGACAAGGUCGGCAUACAAUUGCCUACCGUUGAGGUCCGGUUCGAGAAUUUGACGGUGGAGGCCAAAUGCCACAUUGGCAACAGAGCUCUGCCGACUCUAUUAAACUCAGCGAGGAACAUCGUCGAGUCGGCUGUGGGCCUUCUCGGCAUACGGCUCGCCAAGAGGGCCACUCUCACCAUUCUCAAAGAUGCCUCUGGAAUCAUACAACCCUCCAGGAUGACACUUCUAUUAGGCCCUCCAUCAUCUGGGAAGACCACACUAUUAUUAGCUCUAGCCGGGAAGCUAGACCCAACUCUUAAGACGAGAGGAGAGGUGACGUACAAUGGGUACAGGCUGGACGAAUUUGUGGCCCAGAAAACGGCGGCUUAUAUCAGCCAAAACGACGUCCAUGUGGGCGAGAUGACCGUUAAGGAAACCCUCGAUUUCUCUGCGAGGUGUCAGGGCGUAGGCGCCAGAUACGAGCUUCUAACGGAGUUGGCACAGAGGGAGAAGGUCGCAGGAAUAUUCCCAGAAGCCGAAGUCGAUCUCUUCAUGAAGGCUACUGCGAUGGAAGGGGUCAAGAGCAGUCUCCAAACGGACUACACCCUCAGGAUACUUGGGCUGGACAUUUGCGCGGACACCAUUGUAGGGGACGAGAUGCAGAGGGGGAUAUCAGGCGGGCAAAAGAAGCGUGUAACCACAGGCGAGAUGAUCGUGGGUCCGACGAAGGUGCUGUUCAUGGACGAGAUAUCGACGGGGCUGGACAGCUCGACGACGUUCCAGAUCGUGAAGUGCCUGCAGCAGAUCGUGCAGCUGGGAGAGGCCACCAUCCUCAUGUCUCUCCUCCAGCCCGCCCCCGAGACCUUCCAACUGUUCGACGACAUCAUCCUCCUGUCCGAGGGCCAGAUCGUGUACCAGGGCCCCCGCGAGUACGUCCUCGAGUUCUUCGAGACCUGCGGCUUCCGCUGCCCCGAGCGCAAGGGCACCGCCGACUUCCUCCAAGAGGUCACCUCCCGCAAGGACCAGGAGCAGUACUGGGCCGACAAGCAGCAGCCCUACCGCUACAUCUCCGUCUCCGAGUUCGCCCACCGCUUCCGCCGUUUCCAUGUGGGCCUCCGCCUCGAGAAUGAGCUCUCCGUCCCCUUCGACAAGGCCCGCAGCCACAGGGCCGCCUUGGUCUUCGAUAGGAAUGCGGUCCCCGCCAUGGAGCUCCUCAAGGCCUCCUUCGCCAAGGAGUGGCUCCUCAUCAAGCGCAACUCCUUCGUCUACAUCUUCAAAACCGUUCAGAUUAUCAUCACUGCGGUUAUUGCCUCGACGGUGUUCUUGAGGACUCGGAUGCAUACAAGUAGUGUGGACGACGGGUCGGUCUUCGUCGGAGCGCUCUUGUUCGGCAUGAUCGUGAACAUGUUCAACGGCUUUGCGGAGCUGUCCAUCGCCAUUUCUAGACUUCCGGUGUUCUACAAGCAUAGGGACCUCCUCUUCUAUCCGGCUUGGGUCUUCACCCUCCCCAACUUUCUUCUUAGGAUCCCCCUUUCCAUCCUGGAGUCCAUUGUGUGGGUCGUCAUGACUUAUUACACCAUCGGGUUCGCCCCUGAGGCCAGCAGGUUCUUCAAGCAGCUGCUGCUCGUGUUCUUGAUCCAACAAAUGGCAGCAGGGCUCUUCAGACUCAGUGCAGGGGUGUGCAGGUCCAUGAUCAUCUCCAACACUGGGGGAGCUCUCGCCUUGCUCUUAAUGUUUGUUCUCGGGGGUUUCAUCCUACCAAGAGAUGUGAUUCCAAAAUGGUGGAUCUGGGGCUAUUGGGCUUCGCCGUUGACAUAUGGAUUCAAUGCUUUGGCAGUCAAUGAAUUGUUGGCUCCCAGGUGGAUGAACCAGCUGGCACCUAAUGGUAAGCUUCUAGGUGUGGCAAUCCUCGAGAAUUCCAAAGUCUUCCCAGAAAAGAAGUGGUUCUGGAUUGGAGCUGGCGCACUUUUUGGAUUCACCAUCCUCUUCAAUGUGCUUUUCACCCUUUCACUUACGUAUCUAAGUCCACUUGGAAAACCACAAGCUAUGGUAUCUGAAGAAACGGCCAUGGAAAUGGAAACCAACCGAGAUGAAUCGAAGGAGUUGCCAAGGAUUCAAAGGAUGGAGUUGAGUAGUGAUUCUUUACCUCGAGCAUUAUCAACAAAGGAUGGAAACAACACCAGAGAGAUGAUGACUUUACGCAUGAGGAGCCAUGCUGCCAAUGGUUCUACCAAUGGGCUUACUCGGGAUAUGUCUAUUGAUACAACGAAGGGGGUUGCUCCCAAGAGAGGAAUGGUUCUUCCAUUCAAACCUCUGGCCAUGUCUUUCGAUGACGUCAAUUACUAUGUCGACAUGCCUGCGGAAAUGAAAGAACAAGGCGUGACCGAAGACAGGCUCCAAUUGCUCAGAGGGGUGACAGGGGCUUUUCGUCCAGGUGUCUUAACAGCUCUAAUGGGAGUUAGUGGGGCUGGAAAGACGACUCUCAUGGAUGUUCUGGCGGGCAGAAAGACUGGGGGUUACAUAGAAGGAGAUAUUCGGAUUUCUGGCUAUCCUAAGAAUCAGGCAACGUUUGCAAGGAUUUCUGGCUAUUGCGAGCAAAAUGACAUCCACUCUCCUCAGGUCACAGUAAGGGAGUCCUUGAUAUUCUCCGCUUUUCUCCGUCUUCCUAAAGAAGUCAGUGAUGAGGAAAAGAUGAAAUUUGUGGAUGAAGUAAUGGAGCUGGUAGAGCUUGCUAAUCUCAGAGAUGCGAUAGUGGGCCUUCCAGGAGUUACAGGGUUGUCAACAGAGCAGAGGAAGAGAUUGACAAUAGCUGUAGAGCUCGUUGCCAAUCCUUCAAUCAUCUUUAUGGAUGAACCAACAUCAGGUCUCGAUGCAAGAGCAGCAGCCAUUGUCAUGAGAACUGUGAGGAACACAGUCGACACUGGAAGAACAGUUGUUUGUACAAUCCAUCAACCAAGUAUUGAUAUAUUUGAAGCCUUUGACGAGCUACUAUUGAUGAAGAGAGGAGGCCAAGUGAUUUACUUUGGGCCUUUGGGGCGGAACUCUUACAAGAUAAUUGAAUAUUUUGAGGCAAUUCCUGGAGUCCCAAAAAUCAAGGACAAAUACAAUCCUGCAACAUGGAUGCUGGAAGUGAGUUCAAUUGCUGCUGAAGUACGGUUAGGAAUUGAUUUUGCCGAGUAUUACAAAUCAUCAGAUCUUUACCGGCACAACAAGGCUUUGGUUAGUGAGCUGGGUAAACCGGCAUCUGGUACAAGUGAUCUGCACUUCACCACACAGUACUCCCAAUCUACCAUGGGACAGUUCAAAGCUUGCCUUUGGAAGCAAUGGUGGACCUACUGGCGUAGCCCUGAUUACAACCUUGUCAGAUAUUUCUUCACUUUGUUCACUGCUUUACUUCUAGGCAGCAUCUUCUGGAGGAUUGGGCAUAAGAGGGAUAGUGCAAAUGAUCUUAGGAUCGUUAUCGGAUCCAUGUAUGCAGCAGUACUGUUUGUGGGAAUCAAUAACUGUUUAACAGUGCAACCAAUUGUCUCAGUCGAAAGGACAGUAUUCUAUCGAGAGAGGGCUGCAGGGAUGUACUCAGCUUUACCAUAUGCCAUUGCUCAGGUGGUUGUGGAAAUACCAUAUGUGUUCCUCCAAGGCUUGUAUUAUACCCUUAUAAUAUAUUCCAUGUUGAGCUUCCAAUGGACUGCAGCAAAGUUCAUGUGGUUCUUCUUCAUCUCCUUCUUCUCCUUCCUAUAUUUCACUUACUAUGGGAUGAUGACCGUCUCUAUCUCGCCGAACCAUCAAGUUGCUGCAAUCUUUGCUGCAACAUUUUUUUCAGUCUUCAACCUCUUCUCAGGCUUUUUCAUCCCUAGACCUAAAAUUCCCAAGUGGUGGAUCUGGUACUACUGGAUGUGCCCACUAGCUUGGACUGUUUAUGGGCUUAUAGUAACACAGUAUGGAGAUCUGGAUGAUCCCAUCUCAGUGAAUGGUGGGGCCAACCAACAAAGCAUCAAAGACUAUGUCAAGGACUACUAUGGAUACCACUCUGACUUCAUGGACGUCGUAGCCAUAGUUCUAGUGGGUUUUUGUGUCCUCUUCGCCUUUUUGUUUGCUUACUGUAUCAGGACAUUGAAUUUCCAGCAAAGGUAGGAGGUACAGAGAUUAAGAAAGCUCAGCAGCAGUGGAUCAACUUCACCAUAUUUAAGUGGUAAGGC